AUGUUGAAAAGCGUAAGUCACCCGAUUCGUAAAAAAGACAAUAUUGGAACCAAAUCAAUUGAACAUAACAAAUUUAAUAGUAUGAUUAAACCUGAUCAACAUUAUGAAGAUGCUAGAAAAGUAAAAUAUCGAUUUGGAAAAUUUGUGUUGAAUAUGCAGCAUGUUACACGUAGAGAUAUGAAUCAAAUGAAAACAAAUAAAAUUUAUGAGCGACGAAUGAAUCAAGAUCUUACUGGACCAAGAGGUUUGAAUUGUCGAUACAAACAAGAAUUACAACGUUUAAGAAGUGAUGAACGUGAUGCUGAACGUGAUCUAAUACGUCUUAAUCGUGAUUGGUUUACAACAAUAUCAUCAUCGACGAGUCGACAAUCUUCAUUAGUUGGACAAAACAAAGAAUCAACUCGAAAAAAUAAACCACGUUUAUCAUCUAUCACGGAGGAAAAUUUUUCAAUACCAUUUGCAAAGAACUCUAAACAAUAUCUCGGAUGUUUAUCAUCGUUAAGCCAACGAGAAGCAACGGGAAAUUCUACAAUACCGAUUCAAGAAAGAUCAACGACACAUAAAAUAAAUUCAAUGCAUAAACAUAAUCAUUGGUUGUGUAAAUAUAGUUUUCAACGUGACAUUGUUAAAACAAGUGAUGAUCAUAUGUAUCUUCAAAGACAUGCUCAUCUUGUCAAUCAACAAAAACAAUUGUUUGACCAAAAACUAAGAAAGUUUUUAAAUUGA